AGGCGAUGGCCUCCGGAUGUUCGCGGGUCCGCAGAAGCAAGUCCUGCGGACGGGCGACCGCGUGCGUGCGCACUUCCAGAACCGCUACGGAGCAAAGAGUUCAGCCACGGACGUGGGCACCUUGCUGCAGUUCACCACGUCGGAGGUUGAGAUUCACUUUGAUGACGGCGCGGUCCAAUGUAUCUCCAAGACUUGGAUCGCGGAGCGGCUGUCCGCCUGGGAUCUGGACCUCGCGCCUGGCGACAUUGUCUACGCUCACUACGCCUCGGGCAAGGGCCGGACGGUGAAUACUGACCUGGGCAUUGUGGUGUCCGUCCUGGACGGGGGUCGACUGAAGAUCAGGUUUCAGGAUCAGAUCGUCCAGACCAUGCCGAUGGGCUGGGUUGAGCAGGUGAUGCGCCUCGAGCCUGGGGACCGGGUGACUGCGUUCUUCAAAGUGAACGAUGGGAGGGGCGCAAAGAGCGUCAAGACCGACAUGGGUUCCGUGCUGGCGGUGGGCAAGGAGGAUGUUUACAUAGUUUUCGAUGACAACAUCGAGCAGAACGUGCCCAAGACCUGGGUGUGCCACCGGGCUAGACCCUGGAACAUCCAAGUCGAGAUAGGCAGCGUGGCCGACGUGCACUUCGAGGUGGGGGACGACGGCCGGCGGAGCACAUCUACGGACAUAGGCAUCAUCCUCUCGGAGCCAAUGGACGGACGCGUCCAGGUCCAGUUCCAGGACACCAUCCAGCAGACGGUGCCAUUGGGCUGGAUCGUGCGGCUUCGCGAAUGGGCAGUGGGCGACCGAGUGCAGGCCCACUUCAAGACUGGCGGGGGCGAGAAAAGCAGCGAUACGGACGUCGCCACCGUGAUGAGCUCUUCGCUCCUGGAGGUGGAGCUGUACUUUGAUGACGGCAUCCAGCAGCACGUAUCCAAGGCCUGCUUCAUCUUCACUCCACUCAGCCCCGCUUGGGUCACGGAGCGGAUCCGGGACUGGCACUCCGAGG